UGGACGCGGGGGGCCCGGGGCCAGGGCGACCCCCUGCGGGGUACGAUCCUGGGCAUGCGGCUGGCGAGCUGCAACAAGACGUGCGGGGUUAACCAGGAUGGCACCAUCUACGUGUCCGAGGGCAGCGUGGUGAACCUGAGGCUGUACGGCCAAAGGCUGGGCUCCAUCCCCAGCAACCUGAUCUCCUUCACCGAGAUGGACGACCACGAGACCUCUCGGAACUCCACCAGCUGCCCAGAGCUCACCAAGGACCUGGUCGUCCAGAAGCUGGUCAAUGUAAGCCGCGGGAACACGUCCGGGAUGCUGGUGGUGCUCACCAAGUUCCUGCGGAGGAGCGAGAAGCUCAAGCUGUACGCGCUGUGCACCCGGGCCGGGGUGGAUGGGCCCUGGCAGAGGUGGACGGACGAAGACUCGCUGCUCUACUUGAAGGAAGAGGCCGGGAGGUUCCUGCCCUUCUGGCUGCACGUCCUCAUCAUCAUCGUGCUGCUGGUGUUGUCGGGCAUGUUUUCGGGCCUCAACCUGGGGCUCAUGGCCCUGGACCCCAUGGAGCUGCGCAUCGUCCAGAACUGUGGCACCGAGAAGGAGAAGCGGUACGCCCGCAAGAUCGAGCCCAUCCGGCGCAAGGGCAACUACCUGCUCUGCUCGCUCCUCCUGGGCAAUGUGCUGGUCAACACCUCCCUCACCAUCCUUUUGGACAACCUCAUCGGGUCUGGGGUCAUGGCGGUGGCCUCCUCCACCAUCGGCAUUGUCAUCUUUGGGGAGAUCGUCCCUCAGGCCCUGUGCUCCCGACACGGGUUGGCUGUCGGUGCCAACACCAUCAGCAUCACCAAAUUAUUCAUGCUGCUCACCUUCCCCCUCAGUUUCCCCAUCAGUAAGAUCCUGGACUUCGUGCUGGGCCAGGAGAUCGGGACCGUUUACAACCGGGAGAAGCUGAUGGAGAUGCUGAAGGUGACGGAGCCUUACAACGAUCUUGUGAAAGAGGAGCUCAAUAUGAUCCAGGGGGCCCUGGAGUUACGGACCAAAACCGUGGAGGACAUCAUGACCCAGCUCCAGGACUGCUUCAUGAUCCGCAGCGACGCCAUCCUGGACUUCAACACCAUGUCGGAGAUCAUGGAGAGUGGCUACACCCGCAUCCCUGUGUUUGAAGACGAGCAUUCCAAUAUCGUCGACAUUCUCUAUGUCAAGGACUUGGCCUUCGUGGACCCCGACGAUUGUACCCCCCUCAAGACCAUCACCCGGUUCUAUAACCACCCGGUCCACUUUGUUUUCCACGACACCAAGCUGGACGCCAUGCUGGAGGAGUUCAAGCAGGGGAAGUCCCACCUGGCCAUCGUGCAGAAGGUGAACAACGAGGGCGAGGGUGACCCCUUCUACGAGGUCCUGGGCCUGGUCACCUUGGAGGACGUCAUUGAGGAGAUCAUCAAGUCGGAGAUCCUGGACGAGUCAGAUAUGUACACUGACAACCGAAGCCGGAAGCGGGUGUCUGAGAAGAACAAGCGAGAUUUCUCUGCCUUCAAGGACCCUGACAACGAGCUCAAAGUGAAGAUUUCCCCGCAGCUGCUUCUGGCUGCCCAUCGCUUCCUGGCCACUGAGGUGCCGCUGUUCAGCCCCUCUCUCAUCUCGGAGAAGAUCCUGCUGCGGCUGCUCAAGUACCCAGAUGUGAUCCAGGAGCUCAAGUUUGACGAGCACAACAAGUACUGCAGCCGCCACUACUUGUACACCCGGAAUAAGCCGGCCGACUACUUCAUCCUCAUCCUGCAGGGGAAGGUGGAAGUGGAGGCCGGCAAGGAGAACAUGAAGUUUGAGACGGGCGCCUUCUCCUACUACGGGACCAUGGCCCUGGCCCCGGUCCCCUCGGUGGCUUCAACCCCGGCCGGGUGUCCGCCUGGCAAGCGGAACUCCCUGCUCUUCUGGCUCUCAGACCGCACCGCACCCUAUCCCACUGCCCUCAGCCGCUCGGCCUCUCUCAGUUACCCGGACCGCACAGACGUCACCAGCACCUCUCCCACAGCAGCCACCAACGUCCAGUUUGGCAGCUCCCCCCUGGGCCAGUACACCUCUGACUUCAGUGUCCGGGCGCUCACGGACCUCCAGUACAUUAAGAUCACCCGGCAGCAGUACCAGAAUGGGCUGCUGGCCUCCUGCAUGGAGAACUGCCCUCAGUUUCCCGUGAGCGGGUGCGCCGUGUGCACAGACAAGCCCGAGCUGCCCGUGGUGGAUGAGACCACGACCCUUCUCAACGAGUGCAACUCCCUGCUGCACAGGACUUCCCACGAGAGCGCCAUCUGACAGGAGGGCCCGGGGGCCCCCGCCAGCCCUGCGGGGGCCCCCCCAGUGGGCCCGAAUGAAGACAGGAAGCCAGAAGAGCGUGCGUGGUGGCCGCGUGAGCACCCAGAGGGGCCCCCGCCCCUGGGAACCAGGCCCUCUGACAGGGCCCUCGGACCCAGACCCGCUCCGAGCGCGGCUGCUCAGCCCCGGACUGCUUGCAGCAGGGGGCCAGCUCCUGUGAGCACACGUGGUUUGGGUUUUUUUCACUGAGAGAAUUUCUAACAAGGCUCAUUGCUCCUCUUUUAAAAUAUCAUCAUUUUGGGAAGGGAAUGAGGAAAGGAAACAGUUAAGGGACUCCUGUUUUUUUUUUAAAGGUUUCUUUCUUUUUUGCCCCCAUAAACUCACCCCAGGAAGCAGUAGCCAUAACCUGCUCCCAGCCAUGACCUUCGGUCUGUGCCCCGACUCGGGGAGCCUUCUUCUGCCGCUCCUUCUCCAGAGAUGGCACCCCAGAGGUCAGCUGGGGAGUGUCGCUUCUUGAGAGGAAGACCCAUCUUCCCAGGAAACAGGGCCAACCAGCUGCAAGAACAAAUACCUGGGCAUAAGCGUUGAGGCUCGUGUGGCAUCGCUGAGGGCAAGGGAUUCCGGAUCAUUGUGAUGGGGACACAGUAAGCCAGCGACAGAAGAGGGGCACGUCUGCUCAUGGCAAUCACUGGACCCGAGGGCUCUCUGGGCGAGUCUGAGCUCCUCGGAGCCUUCUCUCUCCUGUGCCCACGUCGGUUUGCCUCGCAAACCCUCCCCUCUUGCUGGGCUGACUGAAAACGUCAGGCAGGGUCUCAUCCCUUUAAACAGCGCUCCCUGCUCCUCAGGCCCGGCCCUCACUUUGACCAAAGGCUUCCCUCUCUGGGAAGGUGUCCCAGUUUGAAGGGACUUAUCUGGGUCACUCCUCGGUUCCAGGGAUGAAUCUGGAUGCAGGCGUCUGCAUUGGUCAUGACUGAUGCUCCCCACUCCCGUCCUCCACACCACAAAAAGGGAAGUUGGGGCUCCUUCGCUGGCCCCCUGUGGCCCUUCUUUCCAGACUGACAAGCCCUCUCGGGCCUGGGGGUGAAGGGGCCUGUUGAAAACCAACAUGAGCAGGUUGUCAUGCCCUUGCCUCUGGCCAAGGCUAGCCCAACCUUGCUCGCACGGCGUCCCCUGAAAGGCAAAUAACUGGCAGUCCCGUUUCCUCACUUCUGUAAUCCUGCCGGGAGAGGCCAGCCUGCCUUCUGCUGAGGCUUUUGGUACUGUGCCCUCAGAGCUCCACCCCGUGAAAUCCUUCCUCAGCGCCAUCUCCGUGGGGCCAGCUCCGGGCCUCGCGCUGGUAGCAAGGCUGUGGGACCAGGACCGUUCAUUGGGUGGAACGGAGCAGAGACCCACGAUCCAGGCCAGGGAGGCUGCAGGCCUUCUACCCGAGUGUUAACUUAUUCAGUUGUUCCCUCAGCUAACGGGGUCCUGUCCCCCAAGUGCUCUGCUUCCUAGGUGCCUAGGAAGUCCUAACUCUUGGGACCGGGACAUGUUUUGCACCAAGUAUACCUGUCCCUGGCCAGUUAGAGGGUUUCCCCACGCACAGCAUUUACUUGUAACAGCCUGGCAAGAAGGUAGUGACGCUCGUGGGCUUUCGGCCACAAGGGACGGAUCCUAGCUAGACCUUUGUUCCCCUGGAGGGAGACCCCUUAGUUGUUUUUUCUUCUAGGAGUAGUUUGCUUUCUGUGACCGUGCAAGAGUUUGCCAAACUGUGUCACUGAGAAAUCUCAGUGCCGGGGGGCAAAAUGCAUGGCCCAAGCUAGGUGGGUGCGUGUGCAGUGAAAGGAGCAGGUACACUCACUUCUACAGCUACCUCUUGGCACACACACGGUUCCUAGCAACAGAAGGCCCCGCCUCCUCCUCCCCCACUCUUCCCACCUAGAAUCAGUUCCUACAGAGGAUCAUAAUUAUCUCCAAAUAUUACUGGUCUGAUAACUUCCUCCUCCCUGUGCAAUUUUUCACUUCCUAUUCCAACCUCCCGUUCCUGGGCUGAGCCAUACCCCGGAACCGGCCCAUCCCUGCAUGUCUUCCCUGGAAGGGAGGCCUUCCCAAGCGGCAUUCAGAUGGGUAGGCAAGUCUCAGCCGCUAUAGCAAAUAAUGCGUAUUUAUUUUGCAUAAGAUUUUAAUUUGUAUAUUUUUGUGAUUUUUCUUUUUUUGGCAUUGUUAUAAGUUUGACUCUCGGGGAGUUUUGUUGUUAUGAGUCUUGUGUCUUUUGUCACAAAACAAUGAAUAUUUGCUAAACAAUAUAUGGAAUUUAUUUUUGAUUGGUAAUAAAAAGAACUCUGUAUAAAUCUC